CCUUUGUAGGCAGCGGUAGCCGCUGGUCUGGGGAAGCAGUCCCCCCCCAUAGACCCCGGAGCCACCAUGCCCGCGCCCCCGCCUCGCCGCCGGCUUCCCUGCUAGGAGCCAGAAGGGAUGCAGUGAAUGCACCGGCUUCACCGAGCGAGAGCAGGACCCCGAGCGGUCACAGGGCCCCGGGCUCACCAUGGCCGACGCAGACGAGGGCUUUGGCCUGGCUCACACACCCCUGGAACCAGACUCCAAGGAUCUACCCUGUGACUCAAAACCCGAGAGCGCGCUAGGGGCCCCCAGCAAGUCCCCGUCGUCCCCGCAGGCCGCCUUCACCCAGCAGGGCAUGGAAGGGAUCAAGGUGUUUCUCCAUGAAAGAGAACUGUGGCUGAAAUUCCACGAAGUGGGCACGGAAAUGAUCAUAACCAAGGCUGGCAGGCGGAUGUUUCCCAGUUACAAAGUGAAGGUGACCGGCCUUAAUCCCAAAACGAAGUACAUUCUUCUUAUGGACAUCGUUCCCGCCGACGACCACAGAUACAAGUUCGCAGAUAAUAAAUGGUCUGUGACGGGCAAAGCGGAGCCCGCCAUGCCGGGCCGCCUCUACGUGCACCCGGACUCGCCGGCCACUGGGGCGCAUUGGAUGCGGCAGCUCGUCUCCUUCCAGAAACUGAAGCUCACCAACAACCACCUGGACCCAUUUGGGCAUAUUAUUCUAAAUUCCAUGCACAAAUACCAGCCAAGAUUACACAUCGUGAAAGCGGACGAAAAUAAUGGAUUUGGCUCAAAAAAUACUGCGUUCUGUACCCACGUCUUUCCUGAGACGGCGUUUAUUGCGGUGACUUCCUACCAGAACCACAAGAUCACCCAGUUAAAGAUUGAAAAUAAUCCCUUUGCCAAAGGAUUCCGGGGCAGCGAUGACAUGGAGCUGCACAGAAUGUCGAGAAUGCAAAGUAAAGAAUAUCCCGUGGUUCCCAGGAGCACAGUGAGACAGAAAGUGGCCUCCAACCACAGUCCUUUCAGCAGUGAGCCUCGAGCUCUCUCCGCCUCGUCCAACUUGGGGUCCCAGUACCAGUGUGAGAAUGGUGUGUCUGGCCCCUCCCAGGACCUCCUACCCCCACCCAACCCGUACCCGCUGCCCCAGGAGCAUGGCCAGAUUUACCACUGCACCAAGAGGAAAGAUGAAGAAUGUUCCACCACAGACCAUCCCUAUAAGAAGCCUUACAUGGAGACGUCGCCCAGUGAAGAGGACCCUUUCUACCGCUCCGGCUACCCCCAGCAGCAGGGCCUGGGUGCCUCCUAUAGGACAGAGUCAGCCCAGCGGCAGGCCUGCAUGUAUGCCAGCUCCGUGCCGCCCAGCGAGCCCGUGCCCAGCCUGGAGGACAUUAGCUGCAACGCCUGGCCCAGCAUGUCCUCGUACAGCAGCUGCACGGUCACCACCGUGCAGCCCAUGGACAGGCUACCCUAUCAGCACUUCUCUGCUCACUUCACCUCGGGGCCCCUGGUUCCCCGGCUGGCUGGCAUGGCGAACCACGGCUCCCCGCAGCUCGGAGAGGGAAUGUUCCAGCACCAGACCUCCAUGGCCCACCAACCUGUGGUCAGGCAGUGUGGGCCUCAGACUGGCCUCCAGUCCCCCGGCAGCCUUCAAGCGUCAGAAUUCCUGUACCCUCACGGCGUGCCAAGGACCCUGUCCCCGCAUCAGUACCACUCGGCCGUGCACGGAGUCGGCAUGGUCCCAGAGUGGAAUGACAGCAGCUAAGGCGAGGCCUACUCCUUCACUGCCAUUUCCAGAGGGAGGGGAGAGAG